AGACACGGAAUGGUGCCACCGCGACAAACAGCGGACAACAGGGAGGCUAGCCGGCGUGUGUGGCAGCCGGGUUCGGAAGCGGACGUCUGCGCGGGGUGUUCUUCACACUGCGGCGAGUGGACGCUUUCGCAAGUUCAUGUCACGCAUCCCAGUGCCCUCGCACUCUCCUUCCAACCACCGCGGCGCAGGCGCUCAGCAACGCGCACUUUCCCCUGUUCCCUUUCCCGACCGUGCCCCCUCCCCUCUCCCCGGAGGCCUCCAUCGUCAUCAGACUCAGUCAUCCAUGUCUUCCGUCUCCAGCUCCAUGGCGGAAACGCGUAAGAAGCAGUCCAAGCGGGACGAGGCUAUCCGCAAGAAGAUAGAGUCGGAGCUCUCCCGCAAGCGGACUAUCUCCACAACACAGCUCGCGCCUGGGAGCCGUAGACGUGGACACAAAGCGGCCGUGCAAAAGGGCACUGUCGCUGCCUUGAAGCCCAGCCCAGCUCUGACCGUUCCGGAGAGCAUCACCGUCUCAGAGGCGAGUCAGCUGUGCGCGGCGAAGAGGACCGACUGUGUACUUGUAGUCGACGACGAUGAAGGCCUCAGCGGUAUCUUCACCGCCAAGGAUCUGGCGUACAGGGUUACUGCGGAGGGCCUGGACCCGCAUACGACGCAUGUCAGUGCAAUCAUGACACGCAACCCGAUGGUGACGCGGGACACUACGAGUGCCACCGAGGCGUUGCAGCUCAUGGUGCAGAGACACUUCAGGCAUCUGCCUGUUUGUAACGAGGAUGGUAACGUCGUCGGCUUGCUCGACAUCACGAGGGUCUUCCAUGAAGCUCUCGACAAGGUGGAACGGAGCUCUUCUGCAUCGGAGAAGCUGUACUCCGCCUUGGCGGGCGUGCAGUCUGAGCUGGGCGGGAACAUCACGGCCAACUCACAGGCGGCGGCGAUGCUCUCAUAUGUCGAGGCUCUUCGUGAAAAGACCGCGCUGCCCGACCUGACCACGGUCAUGGACUCGCGCACGCAGCCCGCUACCGUCGGGCCCAAGGCUACCGUGCGUGAGGUGUCUAAGCUCAUGAAGGAACGUCGCACAACGGCGGUUUGCGUGAUGGAGAGCGUGUCCCACGCGCCGGGUAUGCCUGCACCUGAGCCAAAGAUUGCGGGAAUCUUCACGAGCAAGGACGUUGUCCUCCGAGUGAUCGCGGCAGGCUUGGAUGCGACCCGGUGUAGCGUUGUCCGGGUCAUGACGCCUCACCCCGAUACGGCGGCACCCACAAUGACUUGUCAUGAUGCAUUGAAGAAGAUGCACACUGGGCACUACCUGAACCUGCCUGUUGUCGAGGCUGACGGGCGUCUGGUGGCUAUCGUGGAUGUGCUGAAGUUGACUUACGCGACGCUCGAACAAAUGAACUCUAUAUCCACAGAAGCCGCAGGUGGAGAGAAUGAGGCGGAGGGUGGGCCCAUGUGGGGGCGCUUCUUCGAGUCUCUCGGGGAGGGCGACACAGAGUCCGUCAUCUCCGGUUCGACGUUCCCCUCAGAAAUGCACUCUCGCCAUAUGUCUCGAAGCAUAUCGCACCUCGUCGGCUCUCCGCGCUCUGACGCACGCUUCAGCGACACUGCGUCGAACAUGGACGACGAGUCUGCGUCGCAAGUGGGCGGUUACGCGACCAGGAUUGGCGAAGCCUUCCCGUCCAUCCAAGGCCCGCUUUCCCCGGCUGCCGUGAUCGACGAUGGCACGUACGUGUUCAAGUUCCGCACACCGAGUGGACGCACGCACCGCUUCCAGGCGCGCAGCGACAACUUCGAGAACCUGCGCGACAUCGUCGGCGGGAAGCUCGCGACGGAUCCGUUCUUCACGAACUACAAGAUCUCGGACCCGUCUGAGCUGCCUCCGGACCCUUCGGACUUCCUCCUAUCGUACACCGACGCAGACGGAGAUAUCGUGCUCAUCACCUCGGACUCUGACGUUACGGACGCUGUAAAGAACGCGCGCAAGGCGGGCUUGGACCGCGUUGUGCUGUUCGUGCAGGGUGGAAAGGGAUGGGCAGAAGCUACCGCCGAGAAGAGCGCGGCGCAGGCGGCGGUCGUCGCUGAAGCAGCCAAGGAGGAGCUGCAUGAGGUGGAGAAGGCAGAGGCUGUCCUCCCGGAGACCACGAACCUCGCGCCGCCACACCCGGUUCACGUCCCAGAGGAAGAGAACGUCAUGGGUAUCCCGAAGGACCUGUUGUUGCCCGCCAGCAUCGGUGCGCUGGCGGCUGUAAUCCUGGCUGUGUUCACGAUCUCCCGUUUGAGUGCUCGGUAGGAAGAACGGCGGGCGCUGUGAUGUGGCGAAGGGUGGGGUGGGGAUAGGCAAACUCGGUCUCGUUCUGUCCGUAAUAAUCGUAUACGUCCAACUGCUACGUCAUGUUAUGAAUCUGCUUCUGUCAAUACCCUCGGACAGUAAUGGUCUCUAGAUCUACGCCUCCUCCGGGAAUGGAUAUCUUGCUUACUUUCC